GUUUAUCUUGAUCAUUGCACCGGAAGCUGUGGAUCUCCCGGGAGUGGCGGCACUGCUGCCCUCAAACAUGCAGUGCCAGGAAGCUUUGCCAAGCGGUGCCGAGCACUGGCUGCCAGAUGCACCUGCUCCCACGCAAUUCUUGUUGUUUUGCUCAGAUGCUGCUGACUUGAAGUCUGCAUGGCAAGGCGCCCUCAAGGAGUACGAGUCGUGGGCUCAGACGCAAGACAAAAUCAAGGAUCUGACGGAGCAUAUCUUGCCAAAGAAACAGUUCCGCCAGCAUUGGAAAGGCGAGCGGGUGACAAAGCGGAAACAUGCCGAGACGGACCCCAAGCAACCGGGCGAGGUCGAUGCUCAAGGGGAGCACACUUCAAAUGCCAAGCCUCCGCCAAAGACAAUGGAGGACUAUGUGCAGGAAGCCAAAGACCUCAAAUUGCUAAGUCCAUCAUGGUGCCCCAGCAAGAAAGCCAAGCAAGCGAUCAAGCAUGCUAAGACCUGGGAUGGCGGCUUGAGUGCACGUGCUUCCGUCAUCAGCCACGUCCUUAUCGAGAAAUGCCCGAGCAUCCGGAGCAGUGCCGUGGUGGUCGGGCAUACAACCUCGUGGCCAAAGCCCGCAGCGAGUCUUGCUGUGCUGCCCAGGAGCAUCGGUGCUGAUGUGAUUGUGGUCUCCGUGAGUCAGUCAAGCAGCAGCAAUGACAAGGGCAGUGAGAGCCGGGUCACCAUACGCAGCCUACUUCCCGCGGAAGUUUGCUCUUGCAAGGGCUGGAAGCAUGACAUCUUAAAUGUUUCAACCUUGUCUUCAAGAGAGGCCAUGCGAGUCGUCUCCAAGCUCCCUUACAUGCCGAUGUCCAACUUCGAAUGCGUUGUCGACAGGAGGCGGGUGGAGUGCAGACAAAAACUAGCAGUUUCGUCCACACCUGCCGACGUCAACUGGGUUCUGACUGCAGCUUCGGCACAAAUGUUUCGCUUGAUUGGUCCUUCGCUUAGAAAUCCUCGUGCCAUGACUUACUUUGUGGCAGUGGAGAAGAAAGCCUGGGAGAAGAUGUUGGCCGCGGAGCGGCCUUUCCUUCCCGCCGACACCAAGUUUCAUGCCUCUCCUGAUGCUGCGGUUCUUGCAGUUCGGCUAAAAGUCGUGGCAAAGGCUGCUGCGAAGACAGUGGCCAGGGGACUGAAGGUCACAUUGUCGGGAGCGAACCCUCCUGAGAUUCCGGUAUGGAACGGCGAGAAGGUUCAUCCACGAAUUCACGAGAAUACGUGGAUGAUGCUUCAAGUGACCUUGGGUGCCUCUUUCCAGUCGACUUGUGUCUACCACUUCACGGUCGUGGAUGCGAUGCUCAGGCACUUGAACGGCCGAUACAUUCAAAUCCAAAGCAUCAACAGACAGGUCACAGAAAAAUCCAUCGGCCUCCUGCACCAGGGGUGUUUCGAGUCAGUGGUCUCCUCGGAGUACGAGCUGACGUCCUCCCCGAGCACGGUCAAGGUAUUGAAGAAUGACGCAGAGGUCGUUGCUAAAGAACAGCAAGGCAUCUGCUUUGUCUUCUUGCUGAAGCAGGGUGUCGCCGGAAUGGAGGAUUUCACCGUCGGCGGCAGGCAGGCCAAGUUUGAUUGGGAUCUCCUCGACAUUGCUGAGGUGAAGCGUGUUUUGGCCGCCAAUGCCCCGGAUGAUUAUGAGCGGUACGAGUUUGUCCCAGCAUUCUCCGACACGACUGUCCCGGCCCUGAUGCAGUUUUUCAAGAAGGAGGCAUGCUACCUGCUGGAGAUGGUGUGCGACUUGUGA